AUGACCAUGGCCCAGGCUGGAGCCGUAGCUGCAGCUGCGACGGGACUCCUCAUCUUCUUCCUGUACUCCUCCAUCCACAAGGUUGAGGAGGGGCACCUGGCUGUGUAUUACAGGGGUGGCGCGUUGUUAACUAGUCCAAGUGGACCAGGCUACCACAUCAUGCUCCCGUUCAUUACCACGUUCAAAUCUGUGCAGACCACGUUGCAGACGGAUGAAGUGAAAAAUGUGCCUUGUGGGACAAGUGGCGGUGUUAUGAUCUACAUUGACCGAAUAGAAGUUGUGAAUAAAUUGGCACCAUAUGCAGUGUAUGAUAUUGUGAGAAACUACACUGCAGACUAUGAUAAGACCUUGAUCUUCAAUAAGAUUCAUCAUGAGUUGAAUCAGUUCUGCAGUGCCCAUACUCUGCAGGAAGUGUACAUUGAGCUGUUCG